CUGUCUCUCUCUCUCUCUCUGUGUGUUUAUCUGCAACUGUGUUUGGUCGAUUUGAUCUCCAAAAACCAGACAUGAACAGAGGCGGCUUAUGCCCUAAUCCCAUCUGUCUCCCUCCUCUUGAGCAAUCCAUCUCCAAAUUCUUAACACAGAGUGGAACGUUCAAGGAUGGAGAUCUUCGAGUAAACAAAGAUGGAAUCCAGAUCGUGUCUCAGUCCGAGCCAGGAGCUCCACCUCCUAUUGAGCCAUUGGACAACCAAUUGAGUUUGGCAGAUCUAGAAGUGAUCAAAGUCAUUGGCAAAGGAUGCAGUGGUAAUGUCCAGUUGGUGAAACACAAACUCACUCAACAGUUUUUCGCUCUUAAGGUCAUUCAAUUGAACACAGAAGAAUCAACAUGUCGGGCGAUUUCUCAGGAGCUGAGAAUAAACUUGAGCUCACAAUGUCCAUAUCUAGUCUCAUGUUAUCAGUCUUUCUACCAUAACGGUCUUGUUUCAAUCAUAUUGGAGUUCAUGGAUGGUGGAUCCCUUGCGGACUUGUUAAAGAAAGUCGAAAAAGUUCCUGAAAACAUGCUCGCUGCCAUCUGCAAGCGACUAAUUCUUUCGUGGGCACAUACCCCUAUAUGUCUCCAGAGAGAAUUAGCGGGAGUUUGUACAGUAACAAGAGCGAUAUCUGGAGCUUGGGACUGGUUUUUGCUCGAAUGUGCAACGGGUAAAUUCCCGUAUAUUCCUCCAGAACACAAGAAGGGAUGGAGUAGCGUGUACGAGCUUGUGGACGCCAUUGUUGAAAACCCGCCUCCUUGUGCACCUUCCCAUCUCUUUUCUCCAGAGUUUUGCUCCUUCAUCUCGCAAUGUGUACAAAAAGAACCAAGGGACAGAAAAUCAGCACAGGAACUUCUGGAACACAAGUUUGUUAACAUGUUUGAAGAUUCGGAUAUGAAUCUCUCUGCUUACUUCACCGACGCAGGAUCUUUGAUUCCUCCACUUGCUAAUUACUAGAACCGAGUUUGAACAAUCCUUUUACUACCAAGUUAUUACUUCAUAUCCACUAGAAGAGAUUUUGUGAAAGAUAAAUCUACCAGAUGUUAUGACUUGAGAGACUAGUCUACAAAAUUUGAUUUACUUGUGUACUUUCAUAUCACUAUUAUACAUUACACACAUCUAUCAAAUAUGUUUCUCUGCUAGUGGAUAUAUUUAAACUCAGCUUAUAAAUUGUAAUUCAUAAU